AUGGAAGUGUCCACCCUGUCGGCCCAGGUCGCUGGCGGCCACCCGGUUCCAGACGUAGACACAAGCGCAGAUGUCAACGACAGCAGCCUCAGCCGCCUCGAGGCCUUGAUCCUCGAAAAUGCGCGGAGCUCGAAGUCUAUCUAUUCCAGUACCAUACCAAAUUCGUCCGGGAGGAAGCGCCUAAAGCUCGACCCGGCUCUGGCCUCGUUAGACCCCGACGUCACCAAAACAGCCUUGUCCCUCCGUCUGCACGCCGAGUACAGCGAUGUCCUAGAACUCCCCGAAGCCCUCGCCUCCAAAAUCCCCGCUGCCGGCCCGCGCAAGAAGCAGCCCAGGCCAAACGCCGCCCAAGAUGCCCCCUCCAAGUCGGAAGAGCAUGCGCGCAAGCUGAUCGAGGGCAUACCCGCCGUCCAAAAUGCAGUACCCCUCGGCGGAAGCUCUAGCGCCCUAGUCCUCUCCCGGAAACCCGGCACCGCGGGCAAGCCGGCACAGACCCAGCAGCGGAACGAGCCAUAUCAGACGAGCCUCGCGCAGCGGUCCGACAUACUCGUGCAGCCGCGGCCAGAUUGGCACCCGCCGUGGAAGCUUAUGCGUGUCAUCUCCGGCCAUCUCGGCUGGGUGCGCGCGCUUGCCAUCGAGCCAGACAACAAGUGGUUCGCGUCAGGCGCCGGCGACCGCACAAUCAAAAUCUGGGACUUGGCGUCGGGCGCGCUCAAGCUGACGUUGACGGGCCACAUCUCGACGGUGCGCGGGCUGGCCGUGUCGCCCCGCCACCCCUACCUCUUCUCGUGCGGCGAGGACAAGAUGGUCAAGUGCUGGGAUCUCGAGACCAACAAGGUGAUCCGCCACUACCACGGCCACCUGAGCGGUGUGUACACGCUGGCUCUGCACCCCACGCUCGAUGUACUGGUCACGGGCGGCCGCGAUGGCGUGGCGCGGGUCUGGGACAUGCGCACCCGCAGCAACGUGCACGUGCUGUCGGGCCAUACCGGCACUAUCGCCAGCCUCGUCUGCCAGGAGGCCGACCCGCAGGUCGUCACGGCCAGCCUCGACUCGACGGUGCGCAUGUGGGAUCUUGCCGCCGGCAAGACCAUGGGCGUAUUGACGCACCACAAAAAGGGCGUGCGCGCCCUCGCCACACACCCCAACGAGUUCACAUUUGCCUCGGGCAGCACCGGGAGCAUAAAGCAGUGGAAGUGCCCCGAGGGCGCGUUCAUGCAGAACUUUGACGGCCACAACGCCAUUAUUAAUACCCUCUCGGUUAAUGACCAAAACAUCCUCUUCUCGGGCGGCGACAACGGGUCUAUGAGCUUCUGGGACUGGAAGUCUGGCCACCGCUUCCAGGCCCUGGAUACCAUCGCCCAGCCUGGCUCUCUCGACGCAGAGUCUGGCAUUAUGAGCUCCAUGUUUGAUCUGUCAGGCACACGCUUGAUUUGUGGCGAGACUGACAAGACGAUCAAAAUCUGGAAGGCCGACGAAAACGCCACGCCCGAGACACAUCCCCUGGACUGGAAGCCGGCGUUUGCGACGCGGAAGUUUUAG